CGGAAAUCCGGGCCCAGACCCUGUCGCAGGACCGGAUUACGAAACUCGGCAACAACUUGACAGCGGGUUGACCAGCGCGGUCGGAACCCGGUCGCCCAAAUCGGCGCACAUAGAAAAACGAGCCACGGGGCCCACAAUUGCUUUCUCGAUCGGCCCAUCUCAGCGUCGAAUCCGGUCUCCAACCCGGAAAGAGCGCCUGCAAAAUGGGCGUGUGUCCGGGCGGCUCGACGCCAAAAACACCACAGCCGUUUCUCCCUGUCCGGGGGAGUCGACCAGAAACAUCUGAACAGCACCAUAGCCCCCCAAGCGGUGGACGAUCUCCGGCCCGGCUCCACGGAGAAAUCGGCAACGCCUGCUAGUUAGCCUUCCCCUGCCCCCUGACCGCCAAUAGUGAACGAUCGGCCUGCUACCCUGCUGGGCUGGCUGGCUGCGUCCCUGUUCCGC